AAUGGCGUUGCCCCCCUUCUCUGCCCCCCAGGCCCUGAGAGCUCUGCGCGGCCAUGGGGCUGCUCUCGGACCCCUACCGCCGGCGGGCCCUCUCCCGCCUCCUGCUGCGCCUCAACACCCCGCUCUGCAUCAUCAGCUUCCUGGUGGGGCUGGGCUGGUUCCUGGGCUUGGCCUUCCACCCUUUCACGCUGCGCAUCUACAUGUCGGAGAACGCCAUGGGCUCCACCAUGGUGGAGGAGCACUUCGUCCACGGGGAGCGCGCCCUCUCCUACGCCAGGGAGUUUGCCGGCCACAAGAAGAAGGCGGGGGGCAUGCCCGUGGCCUGGCUGGAGAAGACCAUGUGGAACCUGGGCCUGGAGGUGUACAAGCAAUCCUUCUCCCGCACGCUGCCUUUCCCCGACGAGAUGCGAGAGAGAUACAUGGUCAAGGGCACCAACGUCUAUGGGAUCCUGCGGGCUCCCCGGGCAGCCAGUACGGAGUCCUUGGUGCUGAGUGUCCCCUGCAGUGAGGGGCAGCAGAACAACCAGGCCGUGGGGCUGAUGCUGGCGCUGGCCUCCCACUUCCGAGGUCAGAUCUAUUGGGCCAAAGACAUCGUCUUCCUGGUGAACGAGCACGACCUGAUUGGGAUGGAGGCCUGGCUGGAGGCUUAUCAUGACGUCAACGUCACAGAGGUGCACUCGUCAGGGAUGUUGGGUCGGGCAGGAGCCAUCCAGGCCGCCAUUUCCCUGGAGCUGAGCAGCGACGUCGUCACCAGCUUUGACGUGGCCGUGGAGGGGCUGAACGGGCAGCUGCCCAACCUGGACCUCGUCAACCUCUUCUACUCCUUUUGCCAGAAGAACGGGCUGCUCUGCACCAUUCAGGGCAAGCUGCAGCGCUCCGACUGGGACUCCCUGCCGGCCUUCGUCCACUCUCUGCAGACGAUGCUUCUGAUGGUGCUCAAGCAGGGCUCCGGCCGGCCGCAGGGGGACCACGGGCUCUUCCUGCGCUACCAUAUCGAGGCCAUCACCCUGCGCGGCAUCAACAGCUUCCGCCAGUACAAGUUUGACAUGGGCAUGGUUGGCACGACCCUGGAGGGAAUGUUCCGGAAGCUGAACAACCUGCUGGAGCGCCUCCACCAGUCUUACUUCUUCUACCUGCUCCCGUCUCUCUCCCGCUUCGUCUCCAUCGGGCUCUACAUGCCGGCCUUCGGGUUCCUCAUCCUCAUCCUGGUCCUCAAGGCCCUGGACCUGUGGAUGAAGCUCAGCCGCUACAACGUGGACCCAGAUGACCGGCUCUGCGAUGGAGACCAAGGUCCUAGUCCUGUUGCUCUGGAGGAGCCCAAGCCCAGCCUGCUGACGCUGGUGCCCCCGCUGCUGAUCUGCCACGCCACAGGGCUCGCCCUCUACUUCGUGCCCAUCCUGGGGCAGCAGGUGGCCACGCAGCACUUCCCUGUCUCGGAGUCGGAGGCUGUGGUGCUGACGGUCAUUGCCAUCUACGUGGCGGGGCUGGCGUUGCCCCACAACACGCACAGGGUCCUGACGGGCUCGGGAAGCGACUGUGGCUGGAUGACGCUGAAGCUGGUCUCGCUCCUCUACCUGGCCAUGCAGCUGGGCUGCAUCGCCCUCAUCAACUUCUCCCUGGGCUUCCUGCUGGCCGUCACCAUGGUGCCUGUCGCUGCCCUAGUCCAGCCUACGGGGCCCAAGUACCUCUACGCUGUGCUGCUGGUCCUGGUCACGCCGGCGGCCACACUUCUCUUCUGCAUCUUCCUGUACCAGGAGCUCAUUGAGUACCCCAUCUCCCUGCUGGAGGGCUGGCAGCGCUUCCUGCAGGCAAUUGCUGAAGGGCUGUUGGACCACCACCUCUACGGCUCCAUCGUCUUCCCCUUCAUCGCCAUCUUCGUCUACCCCUGCUGGCUUCUACUCUGGAAUGUGCUUUUCUGGAAGUAGCCCCGACGCUGCCCCUGUGCUUGAACUGGCCUGCCCCAAUCCACUUUGGACGGGACUUCC